GGGAAGUGCUCACCGGUGAUCGUUCCGCCAGCGCGGAACUGAAGUGCCGUGGAGCGGGUGCCCAGCCGGAACGCAGCGCACCGAGAUGGCGGCAGUGGCCGGCCGCGGUGGCCUGGGGCCCGCAGCCGCUUGGAAGAUGCUGGGGAAGAGGAUGGAGGCGGUGGCACCCGCAGCAUGGGUUCGUUGUCUCUUUACCAGGUCGAGAAUUCCAGACUCGGUAUUUCAGCCACGGCCUGGAGAUCAUGAAAAGUAUGGAGGUGACCCUGAGCAGCCCCACAAAAUCCACGUUGUUACUAGAAUUAAAAGUGUAAUUGGUCGCCCCUAUUGGGAAAAGAAGAUAAUACAUGAUCUUGGAUUGGAUAAAGCACAUCAGCCGACACUGCACAAAAAUAUCCCUUCUGUGAAUUCCAAACUGAAAGUUGUUAAACAUCUGAUAAGAAUACAGCCCCUGAAACUACCUUAUGGGUUGCCAACAGAAGAGGAAAUGUCAGACACCUUUCUUACAAGCAAGGGAGAGCUUGUCAUUAAACGGCAUCUGAAACCCGUGGAGCAGAAAGCAAUUAAGUCAUAAGAUGUUAGAAACCUGGAGACCCUGAAGCACACUUCUUCAGUGCAAAUUAGUAAUGAUGGGCUGCAAGCUUAUAACACCUUUUACUGAAGAAUCUUGAGUAGUACUCUGUGCAUAUUUGUGUUUACAGUUUUAAGAAUUGUGGCCAAAGUUAGGAAGCUGCUGCUGUAUCAAAUGAUAAAGCAGUGUUCAUUGCAAUGAGCAUAAAUGCCAUAGUUUAACAUGCUGUGAGCCUCUCCCAUGCUACACAUACUGUAGAGAAGUUAAUCUUAAUGACUGUAUGUUAUGAGAAGAUUAGAAGGAUACAGUCACUGAAAAUGAACGUUUAUCCUUUACGCAUGCUUCCAGAGAAGAGUAAACACCAGUAGGAGUUCAAAGGAACAGACAUAUCAGUAGAGGGACAUAAAAGCUGGAGGCACUGUGCUGAAGAAAAAGGAGGAUAGGCUAUAGUAGUGGCAUUGAGGAGUGGUUCAGUGGUUCCUACAGGCAGGCUGAAGACAGAAAUGCAAAACUGAGCUGAAAAACCUCAAUCUCUCAACAAGCUAUGGGCUGUAGUUGCAAGGUCACAGAAAAUACUGCUGUCAGUCUGAUGUGUAUAGAAUAGCAAGGAACAAGUGAAGCAGAUAAAUGAAUGUUGCCUUCCUGAACGUGCAUAGCAUCUUGUGCUGCAGUGUGUUAUAACUGCGAUCUCUGUGUGAUGUUGAUCAUGUUCCCACAGGAAGGUACUUGGUACAAGCUGAAAUUUCAGCCCUUUUGAAGAAUGAGUGCAGUGCAUCCCAGGUACAGGGUGUGCUUAAAAGAGAUGGCACAAGUACUGGGGCCCAGAAAAUGGUGCAAAUGGGUCUUUUUGCUGAGGGCUAGCAAAUAUAAGACUUGUAGCACGAUUGGUGGCCUAGAGCACUAAAGCCAGGAUGGCUCAGCCUUAUGGAGCAUGUUCAGGAUUUGGCGGUGGCACUGCAGCCUGAUGAAUCUCCAACAGAGGGAGCGCUGACAGUUCUGUCAUACGCUGUAUGCGUGUGAAUAUGAAUUUGUUCUAUUCAUUACAUUAUACAGACGCUACAAAAGUACUGCAGUGUAAACCAAAGAGAAUGUGUUAAUGAACAAGCUUGCUUGGUACUGUGCACAACUUAAAAAGUGUGUGAUAAACUACCUAAGUUAGAGCAGAGCUAAUAACUGUUUCCUAAGUACAGGGAAGAGAAUGCUUUAGAUAGUACCUGUUAUUUCUGGGUAAAAUUUAACUACAAGAGAUGUUUACAACUAUCUUUAACAAGUUGGCAGUUUUAAUGAAGAAUAGUAUUUUCUUGAAAUGUUUAAUCUAUGCAUUAGCAUGGGGGUUUCUUAAGCGGUAUUUCCUCCAAGGUCACAACUGGCAUAUAGUCAAUCUGCUAUCCCAAACCUUCUCUGAAUAAGCAUACGUUUUCUGAAGAUUUGCACUCUGGUGUAAAACCUGAACCAUCAGGGUGCACAAACUCAGUGUGUGCGUCCACAUCCUUUCAUUAGUGGGGCAUUGUAAAUGUUUCAUGUAAAUCUUCACGAAACAGAGGUAAGAGAUGCUGCCUUUUUGUGCAGGGAGCAAACAGGCUGACUUAGGAUGACAGCAAAAUUCAGGUUGGAAGGUACCUCGCAAGGCUCUAGUCCAACCUCCUGCUCAAUGCAGGGCCAGCACUGAUGUCAUAGAAUCAUAGAAUCAUAGAAUGGUUAGGGUUGGAAAAGUUGCUCAGGACCUUGUCUGCCCAGGUCUUGAAAACUUCUGAGGACAGGGACAGCUCAACCUCUCUGGGCAGCUUGCUCUGCUGCCUGGCUGUCCUCAGGGGGAAAGGUUAUAUGCAGAAUACAGUCUUGUGUCCAGUCUGGAUGUCUCUUGUUUCAGCUUAUGCCUGUUGUCAUUUCUCUUCCCAUCUUGCACUACUGGGAAGAGCCAUCCUGGCUCUAUUCUCCUCAAUUAUCCCUCACAGGUAGGUGCUGUGGGGCUGCUGUUAGGUCCACCUGUCCCUUCUCACAGGGCGAUUGCUCCAGCCCCAACCACCGUGGUGGCUCUCUGUGAAGUUCUGUCUACUUAAGUGGUCUUUCCUGUGUUAGGGUGCCCAAAACUGGACACUGUGGUCUAAUAAGUGCUUAGCAGGGAUGUGUAAUCCUUUCCCUUGGUCAAGCUGUGCUGUUCAUGCAGCCCAGGGUACCCUUUGCUGCUUGGGCACAGGGCUUACUCACAUUGAGCUUGCUUCUUGGGUAGGAGCCAUUUGUCAUGUCUACCUGCUGUAGCAUUUAAAGUAUAUUCAAACAAAUCUUGGUGCAAUGUAUGGUAGCAAUGUAGAAAUGGGCUGUUUUAAGAAUAAAUUUCUAUUUCUGUGCUA